GCGCAUUCUGAAAUCACCGACGUCCUAGCAACAUGCAGCGCUCCGUCGCUUCGAUCCUUCUUCGGCGCGCCAAGCCAUCAUGCAGACCCUUCAGUGACUCGACGCGUCGACGCCGAGAUGUCACGCGGCUUUGGACCGUCGGUUCCUUCCCUAUCGAUGACAAGGCCUCGCAUGCCACCUCGCCUACUAUCUACGACACAUGGGGCAUGUUGUCGAGCCUCCCAACUUCCCAAGGGUAUGGUUACACGUCUGCAUUGCAUAUCAUUGGCAAACUACCAAAAUCAGCACCAUCCACUGCGACGACUGCCGCCGCUCCGUCGACUUCGUCAAACCUAAGCGUGAAGAGCGUCGUGCUGCCGUAAGAUUGAUGCGCCUAUUAUAAAUUCCACCUUGUAAACUACUCUUCCCCCCCGUUGUUGGUUCCA